GCCAACAAUUUUCUAAAAAAGGCUUUGUUAUUGGACCAUUAAAUAACCUUUCUCAAGCCCAUUCACAAAAGGUUAAAACUAGGGUUUUCAUCUCCCCAAACCCUAAUCCGGUCCGUCAACCACCACCUCAACAGAACAAAUCGAUCUCGAGAGAUGGCGAAAUCGAAGAACCAUACGGCGCACAACCAGUCGUACAAGGCUCACCGGAAUGGCAUCAAGAAACCACGCAAACACCGUCACACUUCCACCAAAGGGAUGGACCCUAAGUUCUUGAGGAACCAGAGGUAUGCAAGGAAGCACAACAAGCAGAGUGGUGAAUCUACUCAAGAAGAGUAGAUGUUUGAUAGAAACACAAAAAGUUGUCAACUCUAGGUUUUGGUUUUGUUUCAAAUGAUGUCAUGCUACUGCUUUAUUUCUGAUUUUUGUGUCUUUGGAUUAAUUAUUUUUCCGCAAUUUAGUUAAGUAUGCUGCCGUACUAAAAUCUAAAUAAAUUUCCAGCUCUCAAUCUAAA